AUGGCCACCAACGGGACCAAAGCCUCGGACGGACACGUCUUAACGGAGACGGUGAAUGACGCGCCCACCACCACGCCAAACGACAAACCCAAAACCUUGGUGGUGAAAGUGCAGAAGAAAAAGGAGAUACCCGAGAGAGAAACAUGGGCUGGGAAAUUUGACUUUCUUCUCUCUUGUGUCGGAUACGCAAUCGGACUGGGAAAUGUCUGGAGAUUUCCUUAUUUAUGCGGAAAAAACGGAGGAGGGGCCUUCUUGAUUCCCUACUUUUUGACCCUCAUAUUUGCUGGCAUGCCCCUGUUCUUUCUGGAGACGGCUCUUGGUCAGUACACUUCUAUUGGAGGGCUUGGAGUGUGGAAACUGGCCCCCAUGUUCAAAGGUGUGGGUCUGGCUGCUGCUGUUCUGUCCUUCUGGCUCAAUAUCUAUUACAUUGUAAUCAUUUCCUGGGCUAUUUACUACCUGUACAAUUCCUUCACUGCUAAUCUACCAUGGCAGACUUGUGGCAAUCCCUGGAACACAGACCGCUGCUACACCAACUACAGCAUCACAGACACCACAAACCUCACCAGUGCUGUGGUGGAGUUCUGGGAACGUAACAUGCACCAACUGACCGAUGGUCUGGAGAAGCCUGGGGAGGUCAGGAUCCCACUGGCUAUCACACUUGCUAUUGCAUGGGUGCUCGUCUAUUUCUGUAUCUGGAAGGGGGUCAGCUGGACUGGCAAAGUGGUGUACUUCUCAGCCACAUACCCUUACUUUAUGCUGUUCAUCCUGUUUUGCCGUGGCAUCACUCUACCAGGUGCAUUUGAUGGGAUCCUCUUCUAUAUCACACCAGACUUUGACAAACUUAAGGAGUCUGAGGUGUGGCUGGAUGCUGCCACUCAGAUCUUCUUUUCCUACGGGUUGGGAUUAGGCUCGCUGAUUGCUCUCGGCAGCUACAAUCCCUUCAACAACAACGUAUACAGAGAUUCUGUCAUUGUCUGCUGCAUCAACUCCUUCACCAGCAUGUUCGCUGGUUUUGUCAUCUUCUCCAUCGUGGGAUUCAUGGCCAAUGUAACAAAGAGACCCAUAGCUGAUGUGGCAGCCUCAGGACCUGGUCUGGCUUUUUUGGCUUAUCCCGAGGCUGUGACCCAGCUGCCUAUCUCUCCUCUCUGGGCCAUCCUCUUUUUCUCCAUGCUGCUGAUGCUGGGAAUUGAUAGCCAGUUCUGCACCGUGGAAGGUUUCAUCACUGCACUGGUUGAUGAAUUCCCUCGGGUUCUCCGAAACCGCAGAGAGAUCUUCAUUGCAGUUGUCUGCCUUGUUUCUUACAUCAUUGGACUGUCCAACAUCACACAGGGUGGACUGUACGUGUUCAAGCUAUUUGACUACUACUCAGCUAGUGGAAUGUCCCUGCUCUUCCUGGUCUUCUUUGAGUGCAUCUCAAUUUCAUGGUUUUAUGGUGUGAACAAAUUCUAUGACAACAUUGAGGAAAUGGUUGGCUACAGGCCCUGUCUGUGGUGGAAGGCCUGCUGGGUUGUUUUCACUCCACUCAUUGUGGCUGGAGUCUUCUUGUUCAGUGCAGUGCAGAUGGUUCCCCUGACUAUGGGUGACUACGUGUUCCCAGCCUGGGGUCAGGGGGUCGGCUGGUGCAUGGCCCUUUCCUCCAUGAUCCUCAUCCCUGGCUACAUGGGCUACAUGUUCCUCACACUCAAAGGCACAUACAAAGAGCGUCUGCGGAUGAUGAUCAAGCCUUUGGCACUGGUGAAGGCUCAGGAAAAUGGCCCGGACCAGCAGACAGAAAACCAGAAUCAGAACCCUGCUAAUGAGGAAGCCUACAUCUAG